AUUGCUGGAGCAACCAAAGGGACAAAAAUGAUGAGACUCUAUAUAGACAGUGCAGCUCCAGAGAAACUAAAAGGGCUGUGUGUAUUUUUUGUUCGCUGUCGAAAUGAUGUUGCUGUAAAUGUUAAAAAUAUUCAUGAGGAAGUGCUAUUCACUGUUCUGGAUGCAUCAAAAGGACUCCUAAUUGGGAUUAGGAAUAUGCUGGCAAAAAUAUUUUUACCAGCUAUUCUUGCAACAAGUAAUUGGGGUGCUUUAAGCCAGUCUAAGCAAGCAGAGUCUGAAAAACAUAUUUUCACUGAAACCAUCAACAGAUACCUUUCAUUUUUAGAUAGUGCUAGAAUAAGUGUUGAGGGAACAGUUAAGUUAAAGAAGAUAGAUAAUGUUGAUUUUUCCAAACUGCAAACUUCAGAAGAAGUGGCAGCUGCAGCCAGCAACCCAGAAACUGUUCGUCAACUAGAGGAUGUGCUGAUGAUAUGGUACAAACAGAUCGAACAGGUACUUAUUGAAAGUGAGCAGAUAAGAAAAGAAGCUGAUGACUCUGGGCCACUCAUCGAACUGGAACACUGGAAACACAUGUCAGCCAAAUUUAAUUAUAUCAUUGAACAGAUUAAAGGGCCAAACUGUAAGGCAGUCAUAAAUGUGCUUAAUGUUGCACACUCCAAAUUAUUAAAGAAUUGGCGUAAUUUGGAUGCAAGAAUCACAGAUACAGCAAAUGAAUCUAAAGAUAAUGUCAGAUAUUUGUACACUCUGGAAAAAGUAUGUCAACCUCUCUAUAACUAUGAUCUAGUUUCCAUGGUGCGAGGUAUACAAAAUUUGAUUAAUGCCAUCAGAAUGAUUCACAGUGUGUCAAGAUACUAUAAUACCUCAGAGAGAAUGACCUCAUUGUUUAUCAAGAUAACAAAUCAAAUGGUGACAGCAUGUAAAGCUUAUAUUACUGAUGGAGGAACUAUCCAUGUAUGGGAUCAGGAAACACCACUUGUGUUAAAGAAAAUUCAGGACUGCAUUUUUCUAUUCAAGGAAUAUCAGACAUCUUUUCACAAGACAAGGGAAAAGAUUUUAGAAUCUUCAGGGGAAAAAUCUUUUGAAGUUUCAGAAAUGUAUAUAUUUGGAAAAUUUGAAGCUUUCUGUAAAAGACUGGAGAAGAUUACAGAAAUGAUAACUAUUUUGCAAACAUACUCAACCUUGAGUAAUUCUACGAUACAAGGAAUAGAUAUUAUGGCAAUAAAAUUGAAAAAUAUAUAUCAAGGGGUUAAGAAAAAGCAAUAUGAUAUUCUGGAUCCAAGGAGGACAGAAUUUGAAACAGAUUUCUUAGAGUUCAUGGCAAAAAUCAAUGCUUUAGAGAUACAAAUACAGGCAUUUAUGAACAGUACUUUUGGAAAAAUCUUAUCUUCUCAGCAGGCUCUUCAGCUUCUUCAAAGAUUCCAGAAGCUAAACAUUCCCUGUCUACAAUUAGAAAUAAACCACACAAUUGGGUGUAUUCUUCAGUAUUAUGUGGCUGAACUUGAAGCUACUAAGAAGAUUUAUCAUUCUCAAAAAGAUGAUCCCCCUCUUGCUCGCAACAUGCCACCUAUAGCAGGAAAAAUACUUUGGGUGAGGCAGCUCUAUCGCCGGAUAAGUGAGCCCAUCAACUAUUUCUUUAAAAACUCAGAAAUUCUGUCAAGUGUGGAAGGUAAAGCCAUCAUUCAUCAGUAUAACAAAAUUUCGUAUGUUCUGGUGGAAUUUGAGGUGGUCUAUCACACAGCCUGGGUCAGAGAGAUCUCACAGUUACAGUAUGCUUUACAAGCCACACUUUUUGUACGACAUCCAAAAACAGGGAAGUUGCUGGUUAAUUUUGAUCCCCAAAUUCUGACAGUUGUUCGGGAAACUAAAUGCAUGAUAAAAAUGAAGCUCGAAAUACCAGAACAGGCAAAAAAGUUGCUAAAAUUGGAAAGCAAAUUGAAAGGAGACAAAUUGUAUUUACAGGGUGUUCUGCAAUAUCAUGAUGAGUUAUGUCAGAAAGUGCCUUCUGUGUUUGUCAAUCUGAUGACCCCUAAAAUGGAAAAGGUGGAAUUUGUGUUGAGACAAGGACUCACAAUAUUAACAUGGUCAUCUUUAACACUAGAAAGCUUCUUUCAAGAAGUUGACUCAGUUUUGGAUAUGUUCAAUCAAUUUUUGAAGAAGAUCAGUGACUUGUGUGAAAUGCAUAUCAAUACAAUUCUAAAGGAGAUAGCCAAAACUGUGUUAAUUUCCUUGCCCGAAAGUGGUGCUACCAAAGUUGAAGAUAUGUUGAUGCUCAAUGAGAUAUACACAAAAGAGUGGACUCAUGUUCUAAACCACAAAAGUAAGCACAUGGAGGAAGCUGUCAAAGAACUUAUAUCAAUAUUUGAGACUAUUUCUGAAGUUAAGGACAGCACAAAAACAGCAAAACGGUUACCAGAACAAAAGAAACAUGUUGCUUUUGAAAUUGAAGCAGAAGAGAGGGAAAGCACUGAUUAUGAGCCUAAAGUGACUGAGGUUGAUAUUAGUAAUAAAGAAGAUGGAUUUAAAAAGAAAUGUAAAGGGGUCUAUGCUUUUUUCUUUCAUCAAUUACUGGACAGUCUUCAAAAAGCUACACGAUUAUCUUUGGACACAAUGAGAAGAAGAAUAUUUGUUGCAAGCCAGUAUGGACAAAAACAGUCAGAAGAUGUUAUUUCCUUUAUAAAGGCUGAAGUACAUCUUGCAAUUCCUAAUGUGGUAAUAGUUCCUAGUUUGGACGACAUUCAACAAGCCAUUAACCGUAUGGUCCAGUUAACCCUGGAGGUCAGCCGAGGAGUGGCUCACUGGGGGCAACAGCAGGCUCGUCAUGUCAAGACUGUCCUUCCCAGUUACUCUCGUACUGCUGCUGACACGACCCAUCCAAGCACAGGGACACAGCUCAAGAGGGAAGAAAGAUCUUUUGAAGAAACUGUUCCUGCAAGGAUGCUGAAGAAUUUUUAUCCAGGAGUAGCAGAGCACAAAGAUAUUUCCAAGCUGAUCCUCCUCCUCUCCUCCUCUGUGAAUUCCCUGAGAAAGAUGGCUCAUGAGGCUUUGCAGGACUUUCAAAAAUACAAGACACUCUGGAUGGAAGACCGAGAUGCGAAAGUGAAGGAAUUUUUGGCUAACAACCCUUCUCUGACUGAAAUCAGAUCAGAAAUUCUACACUUUGCUACUUUUGAGCAGGAGAUUGAUGAAUUGAAGCCUAUUAUUGUUGUAGGAGCACUUGAAUUGCAUACAGAACCAAUGAAGUUGGCCUUAUCCAUUGAGGCUAAGGCAUGGAAGAUGUUACUCUGUCGAUAUUUGAAUGAAGAAUACAAAAAGAAAAUGUCAGACAUGAUAGCAUUUAUCAGUGAAUAUUUGAAAAAGUUAUCUAGACCUAUUCGUGAUUUAGAUGAUGUCAGGUUUGCAAUGGAAGCCUUGUCUUGUAUCCGUGAUAAUGAAAUUCAAAUGGACAUGACUUUGGGACCAAUUGAAGAUGCCUAUGCUAUUCUAAAUGGAUUUCAAGUUGAAGUAACCAAAGAAGAAUCAGAAGCAGUUGAUACCUUGAGAUACUCUUUCAACAAAUUGCAGGGCAAAGCUGUUUCUGUACAAGAUGAACUAGUUCAAGUGCAGCCAAAAUUUAAAAGUAAUCUGCUUGAGUCUGUGGAAGUUUUUCGUGAGGAUGUAAUGAACUUUGCAGAAGCAUAUGAGUCGGAGGGACCUAUGGUUCCAAAUAUACCACCCCAAGAAGCUAGCAAUAGGCUACAGAUAUUUCAGGCCAAUUUUGAUGAUCUGUGGAGGAAAUUUGUUACAUACUCCUCUGGUGAACAACUUUUCGGAUUGCCUGUGACUGACUAUGAGAUUUUACACAAAACCAGAAAGGAACUCAACUUGCUGCAGAAGCUGUAUGGAUUGUAUGAUACUGUAAUGGGCAAUAUUAGUGGCUAUUAUGAAAUACUCUGGGGAGAUGUAGACAUUGAAAAAAUUAAUGCAGAACUACAGGAAUUUCAGAAUAGAUGUCGUAAACUUCCAAAAGGACUUAAAGGUUGGCAAGCUUUUUUGGAUCUGAAAAAAAGAAUUGAUGAUUUCAGCGAGUCAUGUCCUCUGCUAGAAAUGAUGACCAAUAAGGCAAUGAAACAGAGACACUGGGAUCGAAUCACCGAGUUAACUGGGACUCCGUUUGAUGUGGAAUCUGAUUCUUUUUGUCUUCGAAAUAUUAUGGAAGCACCACUCCUUACACAUAAGAAUGACAUUGAGGAUAUUUGCAUAUCUGCCAUUAAGGAGAAGGAUAUUGAAGCCAAGCUGACUCAGGUGAUUGAGAACUGGACCAGCCAAAGUCUGAGUUUUGCAGCAUUUAAGGGAAAGGGAGAGCUCCUGCUCAAAGGGACCGAAUCAGGAGAAAUUAUCACUUUGUUGGAGGACAGUUUAAUGGUCUUAGGAUCCUUACUAAGCAACAGAUAUAAUGUGCCAUUUAAGAAAAACAUCCAGAAUUGGGUGUAUAAAUUGUCCACUUCCUCAGAUAUAAUUGAAGAGUGGCUAGUAGUCCAGAACCUUUGGGUUUAUCUUGAAGCUGUCUUUGUAGGUGGAGAUAUUGCCAAACAGCUACCUCAGGAAGCAAAACGUUUUCAGAAUAUUGACAAAUCAUGGAUAAAGAUAAUGCAGCGAGCUCAUGAGAACCCCAAUGUGAUUAGUUGCUGUGUUGGAGAUGAAACCAUGGGGCAACUUUUACCUCAUUUGCACGAACAGUUGGAAGUAUGUCAGAAGUCACUUACAGGGUAUUUGGAGAAGAAGCGAUUACUAUUUCCAAGAUUCUUCUUUGUAUCUGAUCCAGUUCUCCUGGAAAUUCUUGGACAAGCCAGUGAUUCCCACACCAUACAGCCACACCUCCCUGCAGUAUCUGACAACAUAAAUGAGGUGACCUUCCACGCAAAAGACUAUGAUCGUAUCCUGGCCGUCAUAUCAAGAGAAGGAGAAAAAAUUAUUUUGGAUAAUCCUGUUAUAGCCAAAGGUCCUGUAGAGAUUUGGCUUCUGGAAUUGUUAAAAAUACAGAUGUCGUCAUUACAUAACAUAAUCAGAUCUGCAUUCUAUCAAAUCAGUGAUUCAGGAUUUCAGCUCUUACCUUUCCUCAGUCACUUUCCAGCACAGGUUGGGCUUCUAGGAAUUCAGAUGCUGUGGACACAUGAUUCCGAAGAGGCUUUAAAUAAAGCAAAAGAUGACAGGAAAAUCAUGCAAGUGACCAAUCAGAAAUUCUUGGAUAUUCUGAAUACUCUAAUUAGUCAGACAACACAUGAUCUAAGCAAGUUUGACAGAGUGAAAUUCGAGACUCUAAUUACCAUCCAUGUGCAUCAGAGAGAUAUUUUUGAUGACUUGGUAAAAAUGCAUAUCAAGUCAGUUACUGAUUUUGAAUGGCUAAAACAGAGCAGAUUUUAUUUUAAGGAAGAUUUGGAUCAAACUGUGGUGUCUAUUACAGAUGUUAAUUUUGUUUACCAAAAUGAAUUUCUGGGAUGCACUGAUCGUCUUGUUAUCACUCCAUUAACAGAUAGAUGCUACAUCACCUUGGCACAGGCCUUGGGGAUGAACAUGGGCGGUGCUCCAGCAGGACCUGCAGGCACUGGCAAAACAGAAACGACAAAAGACAUGGGAAGAUGUUUGGGAAAAUACGUGGUUGUGUUUAACUGCUCAGAUCAAAUGGAUUUCAGAGGACUAGGGAGGAUUUUUAAAGGUCUGGCCCAAUCAGGUUCUUGGGGCUGUUUUGAUGAGUUUAACAGAAUUGAAUUGCCAGUAUUAUCAGUGGCAGCCCAACAAAUUUAUAUUGUUUUGACAGCAAGAAAAGAGAGGAAAAAGCAGUUCAUUUUUUCUGAUGGUGAUUGUGUUGAUUUAAAUCCAGAAUUUGGAAUCUUCCUGACAAUGAACCCUGGAUAUGCUGGGCGCCAGGAACUACCAGAAAACUUAAAAAUUCAGUUCAGAACUGUUGCUAUGAUGGUUCCUGAUAGACAGAUUAUUAUACGAGUUAAGCUUGCAAGUUGUGGUUUUCUUGAAAAUGUUAUCUUGGCUCAAAAGUUUUAUGUUCUUUACAAGCUCUGUGAAGAGCAACUUACUAAACAGGUUCAUUAUGACUUUGGGUUGAGAAAUAUUCUAUCUGUACUGAGGACACUUGGAUCUCAAAAAAGAGCCCGACCAGAGGAUAGUGAAUUGAGCACUGUCAUGAGAGGACUGAGAGACAUGAACCUUUCUAAAUUGGUUGAUGAAGAUGAACCCCUGUUCCUCAGCUUAAUCAAUGACCUGUUUCCAGGAUUACAGUUGGACAGUAAUACUUAUGCCGAACUGCAAGCUGCGGUUGCCAACCAGGUUCAGAUAGAAGGUCUGAUUAACCAUCCACCCUGGAAUCUCAAACUUGUGCAGUUAUACGAGACCUCGCUGGUCCGCCAUGGUUUGAUGACUCUCGGGCCCAGCGGGUCUGGGAAGACUGCCGUUAUCACCAUCCUGAUGAAAGCGCUGGCGGAAUGCGGGCAGCCUCACAGGGAGAUGCGGAUGAACCCAAAAGCCAUCACUGCGCCUCAGAUGUUUGGCAGACUGGACACUGCUACCAAUGACUGGACGGAUGGAAUUUUUUCCACUCUGUGGAGAAAAACACUAAAAGCUAAAAAAGGUGAAAACAUUUUCCUCAUUUUAGAUGGCCCUGUAGAUGCCAUUUGGAUUGAGAACUUAAAUUCUGUGUUGGACGACAAUAAAACCCUCACAUUAGCUAAUGGAGAUCGCAUCCCCAUGGCCCCUAAUUGUAAGCUUUUGUUUGAAGUCCACAAUAUUGAGAACGCUUCUCCUGCCACGGUUUCUAGGAUGGGCAUGGUCUAUAUCAGCAGCUCAGCUCUCACCUGGAGGCCAAUAUUACAGGCGUGGUUGAUGAAGCGCACUGCACAGGAAGCUUCUGUAUUCCAAACUCUGUAUGAUAAAAUAUUCGAAGAUGUGUAUACAUACAUGAAACUCAACCUCAACCCCAAAAUGCAGCUCUUAGAGUGCAACUAUAUUAUGCAAGUAUGUUCCUGUGUAUACUCACUACUGAGAUUUUUUUCCCCACUCAGUUGCAGUUUAGAGGCGUCUGAAAUAGAAAAUUCAUGCAGUCCAUGUGAUUGGGAGCACUGGAAUAAGAAAGUUCAGCCAUACUAUUACCCAACUGACAGUAUUCCAGAAUAUUCAUCAAUUUUGGUUCCAAAUGUUGACAAUGUUAGAACAAAUUUUUUGAUAGACACCAUUGCAAAACAACAUAAAGCUGUUUUGCUCACAGGAGAGCAGGGAACUGCAAAAACUGUAAUGAUUAAGGCCUAUUUGAAAAAAUAUGAUCCUGAAAUACAGUUGUCCAAGAGUCUAAAUUUUUCAUCUGCCACAGAACCAAUGAUGUUCCAGAGAACAAUUGAAAGCUAUGUGGAUAAGCGAAUGGGAAGCACUUAUGGGCCACCAGGAGGCCGGAAAAUGACUGUAUUUAUUGAUGAUAUAAAUAUGCCUGUGAUUAAUGAAUGGGGAGAUCAGAUAACCAAUGAGAUUGUACGGCAAAUGAUGGAAAUGGAAGGAAUGUAUAGCUUGGAUAAGCCUGGAGACUUCACCAGUAUUGUUGAUGUGCAGCUCAUAGCAGCAAUGAUCCACCCUGGAGGUGGUCGAAAUGAUAUUCCGCAACGUUUAAAAAGACAAUUUACUGUGUUUAAUUGCACAUUGCCUUCAAAUGCUUCAAUAGACAAAAUUUUUGGAAUCAUUGGCUGUGGGUACUUUGAUCCUUGCAGAAGGUUCAGACCCGAAAUAUGUGAGAUGAUUGUGAAUUUAGUUUCAGCGGGCAGAGUGCUGUGGCAAUGGACUAAGGUGAAGAUGCUGCCAACUCCUUCUAAAUUUCAUUACAUUUUCAAUCUUCGAGAUCUUUCCAGAAUUUGGCAAGGAAUGUUAACAAUAAAAGCUGAGGAGUGUAAUUCGAUAUCUGUUCUCCUGUCACUUUUCAAACAUGAGUGUAACAGAGUGAUUGCAGACAGAUUUAUAACUCCUGAAGAUGAGUCCUGGUUUAAUGUACACAUUGUUCGUGCAAUUGAAGAAAACUUUAGCCCAGAUGUGUCAUCAUAUAUUCUUCCUGAGCCAUACUUUGUAGAUUUUCUCCAUGAGAUUCCUGAGCCAACUGGUGAUGAACCUGAAGACACUGUGUUUGAAAUACCCAAAGUCUAUGAAUUGGUACCAUCCCUUGAGUUUCUGUCUGAAAAACUCCAGUUUUAUCAGAGACAGUUCAAUGAAAUCAUUAGAGCAACAUCUCUUGAUCUGGUGUUUUUUAAAGAUGCAAUGACUCAUCUUAUUAAGAUCUCACGAAUAAUUCGCACAUCAUGUGGAAAUGCAUUGCUGGUGGGUGUUGGUGGUUCAGGAAAACAAAGUCUUUCAAGACUGGCCUCUUUUAUAGCUGGAUAUCAAAUAUUCCAGAUAACAUUAACUAGGUCUUAUAAUGUGAGUAAUCUAAUAGAGGACUUAAAAGGUUUGUACAGAGUUACUGGUGCUGAUGGAAAAGGUAUCACCUUCAUCUUUACUGACAAUGAAAUAAAAGAUGAGGCAUUUCUAGAAUAUCUUAACAACCUGCUAUCUUCAGGAGAGAUCUCCAAUUUAUUUGCGCGGGAUGAGAUGGAUGAAAUCACCCAAAAUCUGAUAUCGGUGAUGAAAAAGGAGCUGCCUCGCCACCCUCCCACCUUUGAUAAUCUGUAUGAGUACUUCAUUUCAAGAUCAAGGAAGAACCUGCACGUUGUUCUCUGCUUUUCUCCAGUUGGUGAGAAGUUCCGAGCCCGUUCUCUGAAAUUCCCUGGCUUGAUAUCAGGUUGCACUAUGGACUGGUUCAGUCGUUGGCCAAAGGAGGCUCUGGUUGCCGUGGCCUCCUAUUUCCUUUCAGGCUAUAGUAUUGUCUGUUCUAGUGACACUAAAAGACAAGUUGUAGAAACAAUGGGCCUCUUCCAUGACAUGGUUUCAGUGAGCUGUGAAAAUUAUUUCCAAAGAUACCGCCGAACAGCACAUGUGACACCCAAGUCUUAUCUCUCAUUUAUCAAUGGUUAUAAAAACAUUUAUACUGAAAAGGUGAAAUAUAUUAAUGAACAAGCUGAACGUAUGAAUAUUGGUCUUGACAAGCUUAUGGAAGCAAGUGAAUCUGUUGCUAAACUGUCUCAGGAUCUUGCGGUAAAGGAGAAGGAAUUGGCAGUGGCUUCUGUAAAAGCAGAUGAAGUAUUAGCAGAAGUCACAGUAAGUGCUCAGGCUUCAGCCAAAGUAAAAAAUGAAGUGCAGGAGGUUAAAGACAAAGCCCAAAAAAUUGUGGAUGAAAUUGAUAGUGAAAAAGUAAAAGCUGAGACCAAACUCGAGGCAGCUAGACCUGCGCUGGAAGAAGCAGAGGCGGCCCUGAAUACUAUCAAACCAAAUGAUAUUGCCACAGUCAGAAAACUUGCAAAGCCUCCACAUCUUAUCAUGAGAAUCAUGGACUGUGUUCUGCUAUUAUUUCAAAAGAAAAUUGACCCUGUCACUAUGGAUCCAGAAAAACCUUGCUGUAAGCCAUCAUGGGGAGAAUCAUUAAAAUUGAUGAGUGCAGCAGGGUUCCUGUGGAGCCUUCAGCAGUUCCCCAAGGAUACUAUAAAUGAAGAGACUGUCGAGUUACUACAGCCCUAUUUUAAUAUGGACGAUUACACUUUUGAAAGUGCCAAGAAAGUCUGUGGCAAUGUGGCUGGUCUGCUGUCUUGGACACUUGCUAUGGCAACAUUUUAUGGUAUCAACAGAGAAGUGUUGCCUCUGAAGGUCAACCUGGCCAAGCAAGAGGGCCGUCUGGCAGUUGCUAAUGCUGAAUUGGGCAAGGCACAGGCACUGCUCGACGAGAAACAAGCUGAGCUGGAUAAAGUACAAGCAAAAUUUGAUGCAGCAAUGAAUGAGAAAAUGGAUUUGCUUAAUGAUGCUGAUAUGUGCCGGAGAAAGAUGCAGGCAGCUUCCACUCUCAUCGACGGACUGAGUGGGGAAAAAGUCCGAUGGACUCAGCAAAGUAAAGAGUUCAAAGCUCAGAUUAAUAGACUCGUGGGUGAUAUUCUGCUGUGCACUGGAUUCCUUUCCUAUCUUGGUCCCUUCAAUCAGAUAUUUAGGAACUAUUUGCUUAAAGAUCAAUGGGAGAUAGAGUUGAAAGCACGGAGGAUUCCUUUCACUGAAAACCUGAAUCUUAUUUCAAUGUUGGUGGAUCCUCCAACUAUUGGCGAGUGGGGGCUGCAGGGAUUGCCAGGAGAUGACCUUUCAAUUCAGAAUGGCAUCAUUGUGACAAAGGCCGCCAGGUACCCACUCCUUAUAGAUCCGCAAACUCAAGGCAAAACUUGGAUAAAGUCAAAGGAAAAAGAAAAUGACUUGCAGGUAACAUCUCUGAACCAUAAAUAUUUUCGCACACACUUGGAAGACAGCCUCUCCUUGGGCCGACCUCUUCUCAUUGAGGACAUUCGUGAAGAACUGGAUCCAGCCCUGGAUAAUGUAUUAGAAAAGAAUUUCAUUAAAUCAGGCACCACUUUCAAGGUAAAAGUCGGUGAUAAGGAAUGUGACAUCAUGGAUACAUUUAAACUUUAUAUCACUACAAAGUUACCAAACCCUUCAUUUACCCCUGAAAUCAAUGCAAAGACGUCAGUCAUUGAUUUUACCGUGACCGUAAAAGGACUGGAAAAUCAGUUACUAAGGAGAGUAAUUCUAACAGAGAAACAGGAGUUAGAGUCUGAGAGGGUUAAACUUCUGGAGGAUGUGACUUUCAAUAAGCGGAAGAUGAAAGAACUUGAAGAUAACCUCCUCUACAAAUUAAGUGCCACAAAAGGUUCCUUGGUAGAUGAUGAGUCUCUCAUUGGUGUCCUCCAAACCACCAAACAGACAGCUGCUGAAGUAAGUGAAAAGCUCCAUGUGGCAGCAGAAACAGAGAUCAAGAUUAACAUGGCUCAGGAAGAGUUCCGGCCUGCGGCCACCCGUGGAAGCAUCCUCUACUUUCUCAUCACAGAGAUGAGCAUGGUCAACAUCAUGUACCAGACCUCGCUGGCCCAGUUCUUGAAGUUAUUUGACCAGUCCAUGGCCAGAUCUGAGAAGUCUCCACUACCUCAAAAGAGAAUUACAAAUAUCAUUGAGUAUCUGACAUAUGAAGUUUUUACAUACUCUGUCAGAGGCCUAUAUGAAAACCACAAAUUCCUCUUUGUACUCCUCAUGACCUUAAAGAUUGAUCUUCAGAGAGGAACAGUGUCGCACAGAGAGUUCCAGGCUCUCAUUAAAGGGGGAGCAGCCCUGGAUCUGAAAGCCUGCCCUCCCAAGCCGUUCCGCUGGAUCCUCGAUAUGACCUGGCUGAAUCUUGUGGAGCUGAGUAAACUUCCGCAAUUUGCAGAAAUCAUGAACCAGAUAUCCCGUAAUGAGAAGGGAUGGAAAAGCUGGUUUGAUAAAGAUGCUCCGGAGGAAGAGAUUAUUCCCGAUGGAUAUAGUGAUUCUCUGGACACCUGCCGCAAACUUUUACUUAUCAGGUCUUGGUGCCCAGAUCGUACUGUUUUUCAAGCAAGAAAGUAUGUUGCACAUUCUUUGGGGGACAAGUACACAGAACCAGUUAUCUUAGACCUGGAGAAAACUUGGGAAGAAAGUGAUACACGAACACCUCUCAUUUGUUUCCUGUCCAUGGGAUCAGACCCCACGAUUCAAAUUGACGCGUUGGCCAAGAAACUGAAGCUGGAAUGCAGAACUAUCUCAAUGGGGCAAGGACAGGAAGUACACGCCCGAAAGCUGAUUCACAUGUCAAUGCAGCAGGGUGGCUGGGUAUUACUGCAAAAUUGUCACCUUGGCCUAGAAUUCAUGGAAGAAUUGCUAGAGAUCAUAACUACCACUGAAGCCAAUGAUGACUCUUUCCGAGUAUGGAUAACAACCGAGCCUCACGAUCGAUUUCCAAUUACUCUGCUUCAGACUUCUCUCAAAUUCACUAACGAGCCACCCCAAGGCGUACGUGCAGGUCUGAAAAGAACAUUUGCCGGAAUUAAUCAAGACCUUCUGGAUGUCAGUAAUUUACCCAUGUGGAAGCCAAUGCUUUACACAGUAGCAUUUUUACACUCCACUGUGCAGGAGCGACGCAAAUUCGGCCCCUUAGGUUGGAAUAUUCCCUAUGAAUUCAAUUCUGCUGACUUUACAGCCAGUGUUCAGUUUAUUCAGAAUCACCUUGAUGAAUGUGAUAUUAAAAAAGGUAUAUCAUGGAGUACGGUUCGGUACAUGAUUGGAGAAGUACAAUACGGAGGCAGAGUGACAGAUGACUUUGACAAACGUCUACUUAAUUGCUUUGCUAGAGUCUGGUUCAGUGAGAAGAUGUUUGAACCAUCGUUCUGUUUUUAUACUGGAUAUAAAAUCCCCUUGUGCAAAACCCUGGAUCAGUACUUUGAAUACAUCCAGUCAUUGCCAUCCCUGGAUAACCCCGAAGUCUUUGGGCUUCACCCUAAUGCCGAUAUCACGUACCAGAGUAACACUGCUUCUGCUGUCCUUGAAACAAUUACGAACAUCCAGCCCAAAGAGAGCGGAGGUGGCGUGGGAGAGACCCGGGAAGCCACAGUUUACAGACUGGCCGAAGACAUGCUCAGCAAACUGCCUCCGGAUUACGUCCCGCAUGAGGUGAAAGCUCGUUUGAUAAAGAUGGGACAUCUUAAUUCAAUGAACAUAUUUCUUAGACAAGAAAUUGACAGAAUGCAGAAAGUCAUUUCAUUACUCCGCAAUAGCCUGAGCGAUCUCAAAUUGGCCAUUGAAGGCACAAUUAUAAUGAGUGAGAACUUGAGAGAUGCCCUAGACAACAUGUACGAUGCUCGUAUACCUCAGAUCUGGAAAAGGGUGUCCUGGGAUUCAUCCACACUGGGCUUCUGGUUUACUGAACUCUUGGAAAGAAAUGCUCAGUUUUCUACUUGGAUAUUUGAAGGGAGGCCCAGUGUGUUUUGGAUGACUGGUUUCUUUAAUCCCCAAGGCUUCCUCACAGCGAUGAGACAAGAAGUGACCAGAGCCCACAAAGGCUGGGCCCUGGACUCCGUGACCAUCCACAACGAAGUUCUGCGGCAGACCAAAGAGGAGAUCACAUCACCUCCUGUGGAAGGUGUGUAUAUUUACGGGCUCUAUAUAGAUGGAGCAGCGUGGGACAGACGGAGUGGGAAGCUCACAGAAUCCACCCCCAAGGUGCUCUUCACCCAGCUGCCUGUGCUGCACGUUUUUGCCAUUAACUCCACAGCACCCAAGGACCCCAAGCUGUACGUGUGUCCUAUUUACAAGAAACCAAGGCGAACUGACUUGACCUUCAUCACUGUGGUGUAUUUGCGAACAGUCUUGUCCCCAGAUCACUGGAUCCUGAGAGGUGUGGCCCUUUUGUGUGACAUCAAGUAAGUUCGUCUCCACUUGCAGAGGAUACCAGCUGACACCCGUACAGCCAGGGCUAUUCAGAGACUUGGCCAUGUGCAUCUUCUCCCUGAUAAUUGCUUAUUACUCUUUCUAAAUUAAAUAAAUAGA